AUGGACCAGUCGCGAAAGACAUGCGUAACGUACGUGGCUGCCGACUGCGGCUCCAUCAUACCAGGGAAGUCCAGGGCGGCUGCGGCUUUCAAAACGGUCGACAUCUACCGCAGACUGGUCGAAGCGGGCGUAAACGUUAUUGACAUCGACCCAAGUCAAUUCCCCGACAGCGAUGGCCCGGCCCCGGGACCGGACGUGCUCGACGGAGAGGUGACCUACAAGCCCAGCCCCUUCGUACCAGGCAAUAUCCGCAACAGGACGGGUAAUCUGGAGCUCCUUCGCAGAGUGCGAAAGAAGGUGACCGUGAACUUCCAGGCGGAGCCCAGAGCAUUCCAGCUAGUUCUUGGGGGCGAGUGCUGCAUGCUGCCAGCCAUUCUUUCCUCUGUCAAGCAAGAGUACCAAGACUCUACUAUUGGUCUCAUCUAUAUCGACGCAGACACUGAUCUGCACUCACCUUUGGACGACGAUUGGAAGGGCUACUUUGCAAGCAUGGUGAGCAAACUUCAGACGCAAGAGGAACGUGAGCCAAACACUGACUUCACGAUGACGCAGCUCAUGGCGCGGCCCGGGGCAAUUAGUGAUGAGUCGGAAGGCACACGAGACCCUGUACUCGCUCGUGAGAAGCUCUGCGAUAGUACCAACACAGUUUUCUUUGGCACAAACCUUCCCCACCCGGGGAACAAGCCGAAGCACCUAGCAUAUCUGGACGACGAGCACUUCAAAGUCAUCUCGUCAGAAGCGGUGGCAAACCAUCCGGAAGGACGUGCAAACGAAGCAUUGGAGCACCUUGAGCAGAACAAGGUUGAGGCUAUCUGGGUCCAUCUUGAUAUUGACUCCAUUGAUCCAGGCGAAUUCCCGCUGGCAAAUGUCCCAAACUUUACAGGUGUGGCAUUUCAGACGAUGAUGCAAGCCCUGACAGUACUCAUGGCUAGCACCAAUGUCGUUGGACUGUCCAUCGCAGAGGUCAAUCCAGAUCAUGAUCCUGACCUGGCCAUGACGACGAUGCUAACCAAAGAGAUCGUGAGUAUGCUUGCGAGAAGGGAACUGGGUCACUCAUUUUGA